AUGGAAGUCGAUGAAAAAUUGGAUACAAUUGGAUGGUUUGAUAUGCCUUUUGAAAUGAGAGAAAUUGUUAUUAAUUAUAUGGAUCUUGCAACAAAAAUACAAUUUUCACAAUGUUCAAAACUAUGUUUCGAAGAAGUCCAACUACCUGAUUCGCGUUAUUUUGCUGUCGGUAUACACUAUAGUUUUAUGGGAGAAAAAGAUGUUGUUUUCGAGAUGUGGCAUAAUGAAUUAGAUGAUUGUUAUGUAAGAACAGUGUUUCUAGUAUGCGCUCCUAAUCAAUCUGAAGAUGGAAAUAUGAAUUCACGCACAAUAUCUGUAGAUCAAUUGAUUGAAGUUGAAACGAAAGAAAAAGUUAUUGAUUAUGUAAUGUAUCUUUUGCGAGGAAUUUUGAAAUUUCCGAAGAAUUGUUUGAGAAUCUUGAUGAUUUAUAUUGUGAGUUAUUUUGAACAUACACAAGGAAAACAACUGUAUUCACCUAAUGAAUGUUUUUCUAUAAUUUCAGCGAGUCCACAAACUUUCCUUCUCAGAAACUUAUUUUUCAGCCCAAUUUUCCGUACAACAAGAUGAAAAUUGAAAACAAUCUGAAUACGUUGGAAACAAUUUCUCUUUCUUGCAAUAAUCAAAUUAAUCCUGUUAAUUGUGGAUUUAUCGGUUUGAAACAACUUUGCUCCAUCAAAGAUAAAGUUUUUGUUUCAAAUCUAACAAUCGAUCAGAUAAUUCAACUAAAGGCAAGAAGUAUUUCUGUUGGUUAUGAUGGAAGUGAAAAAUUCGAUAUUGAACAUUUUGUAAAUCGGUUGUUCUCUGAUGGAAAUGAUCAAAUUGAUAUAGACAUCAACUUUGGACAAAAACAGGAUUUAGACAAUAUUCCAGGCAUUUAUGCGAAAAGAAAUAAGUAAGUUCUCUUUUUUUUUAAUAUUCAAAUAUAAUACACAGGGUGUAAUUUACUACUUCAAAUCGCUAGACCUCAAAAUUUUCAUUAAUUUUUGGGUAGAUAAAAAAUCAUUUUUUUUCUAAAUCUCUCAUUUUUGCGUUGAAGAUUUUAGUCCCACCCGUGUCAGGUCUCAAAAAAUGCUCGAAUUUUUUCGGGUAGUGAAUUACACUCUGUGCAAUAUUGAAGUUGUAAAUAUGAAAACCAUUUUCAGUGGUAGUGGAAUUGAUUAUUUGUUCAAACAAAGGGACAAAAUGACUCGGAUGGAGUGUAGAAAAAACGAAUCAGCAAUGAGUUCUCUUCUCUUUUCCCGCUUCCCGGCAACUGACUUCAAGGAAAGCGAAUGGACUAUUUUAUAA